GUUAUUGUUGGAUCAGUAUAAAAGAUCUGGUUUUCAAGUUCUAAUUAGUUAGGUUUUAAAUUUAUCUCACCAUAGAACACUACCAUGAAGGUUCUUAUUCUGUGCUUGGCUCUUUGCGUCGUUGUUAUGGCCGAACGGUGCCAACAUUCGAAUGACUGCAGGAUAACACUGUGUUCCACAGGCGCCAGUCUUGCAUGCAUACAUGAUGAAUGUACAUGUACAACACAGUCUGGAAAUACAUGCACCACAGCUCAAGAUUGCCACCAGCAUUGCCAUAACAGAGAUGGCCACUGUGUUGACGGAAGUUGUCACUGCAGACAACAGGGUUAAACAUUAAAAGUUUAAAAGUUAUGA